CAAGAGGCAUCGGUGAGGUUAAAACGGGGUAAGAAGGUGACAGAGAGUCCGUCUACAGCAGAGCUACGGGAAGCCAAACGAGGAAAAGCGGACACUACAACCCAGCGUGGGUCGUCAUCGUCUGUUUAUAUGAGGAAGAGCUUGCAGAUGGUGCCGGGGAUUACUCCCACUUUACCCGGCAGAGAUAGUGAUGAAGCACUUGUUCAAAAGCAAGUUAGAAUCCUGCCAAAGCCACUACAGCCAGCUCCAGUUGUUGAGCCAAGCCAGGAAGUACCAAUACUUGCAAAGACCGGCCUUCGUAACUGUGAGGUUCGUUCUGAAAUUUACAAUUCGCUUAUCAUUGAACGUUUUCCAAUUUCAUUUUGUCAUGAAUAAGUAAGUUUGAUUGUAUUACUUUUUAUUAUAAUUUGUGGAAUAAAGUUGACAGUAAAUUGUUAACUCUCGUUGUGUUUGUUUUGUUAUAAUCUAACAGUCUGACCUUGACACGCCAUGAACGCAGUAAAUGGCAAUACUACAAUGAACGCCUGAGUCGGGUUUGGAUGUUAAAUGCCAUUUAGAAAACAACUGAAUGUUGUCAGCGAGGCAUCUGACAUAAGGGUAAAUGCAAAUACAAGGGGCUUUGCUCCUAUUGUUGUCUACACCAAUAUUUAAUUCAUAUUACAUUUUUACUGUUUUGCAUGUUGUGUUAUAUAAGACCCCACAAGCUUACCUGUUAAUUUGAGUAAAUAAAAAUUGUGUAAAUGAAAUACUAAUGAAUAAUAUCUUAUGUUGUUGUUUUACUAAUUUUAAAUGGCAAGUACAGCUGAGGUUGUGAUAUAAAGAAUGCAUACCUUUGUCAGUAUGCUGAGAUUUUUGGUGUUUGGUUCUUUAAGACCUGUUAUGGUGAGGGUACAGUUAAACAGUAAGGCAGGUAAGUAAAGUUGAAUAUUUUAUUAGGAAAGAUUUAUGAUUCUUUUGGAUCGGUAAAUACUUUGAGUUAAUUCAAUAUUGUUUAUAAUUGACUGAAAUAAUCUGCUUUUAUUUGUCCUAUCAAACUGGAUUACUUAGAGACAAGGUAAGGAACACUGCAAGGUUGAGAUAAACCUGAACACAGUGGGUUAUGUAUUGUAGAGUAAAAACCCACGAGUAAGAACCUGAAAAUUAAGAACCUGUUAGCCUAAAAUUUGCCAUUUAUACCCCCUACAAACAAGAACCUGUUUAGCCUAGAAAACGAAAAACAGGUUCUUCUUUUUAAAAAUCAUAUUAGUGAAAUGCAGCUGUAAAGCUGUGCAAGAAUCCUGUUAGGAGAAUUAGGAGCUUGGCAUUGCUGUGCAAAACAAAAGUGCAAAUUUAUUGAUGUAAUAAAAAAUAAAGUCCAAGAGGUUAAUAUUGUUGUAUCGCAUUUUGAAAUUGAAAAAGAGGCUGAUUAAUUACCAUCUUGUUUUGUAGCUUGUUUUUUUUUUGUUUACAGAAAUAAGAACCUAUUUAAGAACCUAAAUAGCCUAAAAUUGUGUUAACUACCAUUUAAAUAAGAACCUGUUUAGACUAACUCCAGAAAAUUUAAGUUCUUACUCGCAGGUUUUUACUGUAUAUUAGUUAUUGAUCAUUUCAACAGGUUAGUUUUCUCAAUUGCUUAUUUUAAAAUAUUAUGUCAUCUUCUUAUGAUGUAUUAAAAUUCCACUGAGCAAUCUUUCAUGUUUAUCACUAGCUCUCAUCUAGGAUAAGGACUAUGGGUCCAGAGGAGAGUGAAGAAAUUAUAGCUGCAGCUAACACCUCAAAUUCAUAUAUUCUUGCUGAAGCUGUUAUGAAAAUUCCCUCUUUGAGAAAUGCUGUUAAAGGUUUAUAUCUAAAGUUAGUUGAUGAGCAGUGUUCCAGACUUUGUUUAAGAACAACUGCAGAACCAUCAGUCCUCCGUGUACCCAGUGCGCAGCAUAAGAAUCUUGUAGAAUUCAAAUGGGAGGCUAUUUUGAAGGAGAUGGAGGAACGAGCCCCAGAUGUUUUGGACUUCUUGGUUGCCAUGGCCAUUCCGAAGCUAAAGGGUAAUGAUGGGCGUCAAGUCAUACCCCUCUGCACAGCAUAUGGCAUACUGAUGAAUGUUAGGUGCCGGGAGCUAUCACUCGUACAAAAAAUCAAUGCCGUUGUUCUAGCUGUUGGAAAUGCUACAAAAAGAGUAAAUAUUUACUAGUUAACUUCACUUUUUACAGUUGUGUGGUGCUAUAAAUAAAAAUAUUAUAAAUAAUCUGAUACAACAUAAUUUGUUGUAUAUUCUUUAUACUAGCACUAAAACUUUUAUGAUUCUCUAUUUAAGGUGAAAAAUUUUUAAGAAACUGCACAUGAUUUAAAAAAUAAUUGAUAAGUCGUUAUAAAAUUCUAAAGUGAAGAAUGUUAUAUGCUGUUUCUCUUGGUGAAAUUUAUCUUAAUAUAUUUUAGUAUAUUUAGCGGCAUAAUUUUGCAACCUAACAAUUAACUCAAAAUUUCUCUUCUCUUUCACUUACAUGAAGACCUUCGAGAGAAUGAACAAGUCAUGUAUUGCACAAUCCAGGGAAACUCUCAGAAAUAUCAUGGAUAGCCUUGGUUCUAACCUAGCCUCAGUUGUUAAAGCACAUGUCGAAUCAGGUCAGGACUUGAGGGUUGUAUUUGACAACUUGGAUUUUAGAAUCCUUGCAAAUAUUAUCCUUAGAAAUCACCGAAACUCUGACAUGCACUGGAUUGCCCAUUAUGUUACAUUUGAGAGAGUAUCAUCCAGACACCUAGAUGAUUCAAAGCCGAUCGUUUCAGACAUUACAGUCAAACCAGGUCAAGCGUUCCCGUCGCUAACGAACUAAUGAAUUCAUUCACGGAAAAAUGAUUUCGUUUGUUGAUUCAAUAAUCCAUUCAUAAAAUGAACAAUCCAAUAUUCAUAUUUAGCCUCGAUUCCAUAAUCGAAUGUUGAUUCGAUUACUGUUUUUUGAAAAACUACACUUUCCACAAGUUGACCUCAGAAUUUUGUUUUUUCCUCUUUUUUUUCUGAGAGUCGAGUGCCGGCGAGUUCUGAAGUUCAAACCCAAACAAACUGUUACAUGUACGCCAGUUUGCUGCCAGUAAUCAGUGCAACAGACCCAGGCCUGACCUCUUAGAAAACACAACGGUCAAACUAAGGUCAGUGUAUGUGCGGUGAUUGGUGGAUUUCGAUCCUCGGCCUUUGUCAGUUUCUCAUAGUUUCUUUGCGUUUGCGGUCUGUCUAUUCUAGCUGUUAUUUUGAUUAAAGGCAAUGAAAAACGCAAUCGUAAACGGCAGGAAAAAGGAAGCAAAUACGAUUGAACACAACAGACAAGAAUAAAGAACAGGUAGAUUUUGCUCAUAAACCAAAUCAACAUUUGAUUAUUGAAUCGAGGUCCAAUUUGACUGUUGGAUUAUUCAUUUUAUGAAUGGAUUAUUGAAUCAACAAACGAAAUUAUUUUUCCAUUAAUGAAUUCAUUAGUUUGUUAGCGACGGGAACGCUUGACCUGGUUUGACUGUAAAGACUUUGACAACAUCAAUUACCUCAUGAGCAAAGAUGAACUGGAGUGGCAGAGAAAUGAUUAUAUUAUCCUUGUUGCCAGAGUUCUCCUUGAGUUCUUUCCAUCACUAGGGCCUCUCCGUGAUGUUGUUCCUUCUCAUAUUUUACACAGGUAAUAUAAUAUUUUUAAACAUUAUUAUAUACUCUGUAUUCAUUUUGUGGUUCCAGAAAUGAUUCAUAAACUACCCUUUUUCACAGAGGGUUAAUAUUAUUCAUAAUCAGAGGGAGACCAAAAUUUUGUAAAGGCAUUGAAGUUAAAAGCCUAGACUUUAACUUCUAGAUGGGCACAGGGGAAGGGUAUCUCAUCAAAAAUAAUGCUUUCUAUGGGAUUUAUUAAUAGAUAUUAAUUUUUCUGAAUAAAAAAAGAAGCCAUUGUAUACAGCAAUAACUAGUCACGCAUAACAUAUAUAUGGACCAGGCGGCUGACACUAUGAUUUGAGUUGCCAUGUGUAAUCCCGUACGAAACUUGCAGCGCUGUACAGCGCCACAAAAUCGCUGCAAAAUAGCUGUGCAGCUAAAUUACAGCUGUUCAGCAGCCUUUUAGAAGCCAAACAGCAGCUUCAUUCAAGUUGCAGCGGGAUGCAAAAGCGCUGUGCAGCCUUUGAAGGCUCUUUGAAGCUCUCGGCAGCGGUUUUGCAGCGCAGUUGCCGACUUUCAAACGCUGCGAAGUAGCUGCAGUAACGCUACAAUUCAGCUGCGGUCGAUCUGACUUUCUUGAGCGCCAAAAACAUGAAUCGCCAGAUAAAGCCUUGGCACAGAUUACGGCUUUUAUAACGCGAAAACUUUGACUGUACCUCUAAGAAAUGUGAGUAAGCUUGUGCGCAAAGAAGAUCACUUAUUGAAUAAACCUCCAAAUCCUAUGCUUUCGGAAUAAAGAUUUCAAUAAAUUUCAUUCCGUGACCGGCGAGUGUGGGAAUGGUAUCGCUAAUUCCCUGGAGACAUUCUAGGCCGUAAUCUAAUUGGUCGGUCCUUUUGCAUGAGAUCCCAUUACAUCUCUAGACAAACACAGAACAUUUGCGACCGUUGAAUGAAAGGCGCAAACAUUCUAAGUUUUUUUGCAUCUAGUUCUGUUUCGAGAUGGAAGUUCUGUUGAAGUUUUUGGAUGGAACAGCUCAAACGUAUUUGCAAACAUUGCACUGAACAGUGACUUCUACGCUAAGUAUCGACGAAUCGAACCAGAGCAAGCAACACAGAUACAAGAAUCUCAGAUGGGGUUCGCACUUACAAGAUUCUUAUACGCUCGUGGUAAUGUUCGUUCCUUAGUCCAUUGUAAAAUUUAACGACGACCAAAGUAAAAUUGGGUUGAUUUCUUUCAUGAAAAAAGUGUAGAAGAUCGUGGAUCAUGGACGAAACGUCAAGGUGAGCAAUGUCCAGCUUAGCCCGUUGCAACGAAGGGAGAGUUGAAAAAACUGACCCCCACUCCGCGGACUACCCACUGACCCCACUCCGCGGACUACUCUACAGACUACUCCGCGGACUACUCUACGGACUAGUCCGCGGACUACCCUGCGGACUACCCUAACUAAUCAACCAAAUUUACUUUCACGGAGAAAAGAGUUAGAAGAAGCGUACCUGCCUACACGAUGACACUUGAUAAACAGCCGUCAUCUUGAUUUUCGCCAUUUUACUCGACCCAGCCCUUCUUCUUCAUUGCUACGUCCAUUUCAGCUUCCGUUCUUGGAUCGUCACGCAACGCUUCUCUCCAAACCUCGCGUGACGAUCCAAAUAACGACUGCGUGCCCAUUGUUCUUUUCUAUGUUAAUAUAUGAUAAUGAAUUUUAAACAAAGGAAAUUGAAAAUUGAACCAAAGAUAAAAUUGAACUACAACGUAUACACCCGGGGGGGGGGCACUUGGGUAUUUUUUGGGUGGGUAUGUAUACAUAGGUGGGUGCGUAUACAUAGAAGACAGUUCAAGAUUCAAGGUUGAAGUCAUGAGUUAAGCAACAUCUUGUGACUUGUCCUAUAAGUUUCAUUUUCCAUUAAAUAGUUUUAGUCAUAAAUGGCUUUAAAAUUUAAAAAAAAAUAAAAGAGUGUUGAAGGUUGAUCCGUGGGUCUGCUUGCAUACUUCUCGCCAGCAUAAUCAAUGAAAGACAUCAUUGACGUCAUGCCAGCCACUGAUAGUUUAUAUUUCAUAUAGAUCAGCCAAUCGAUGACCACUAUUGGCGCUGGUAACAGUUUUUGUUAUAUUCAGCUUAAAAAUGUUUUUAAGAACUUACUUAUAGCCGUGCUUGGAAGUCACCAUAUUUUUGGAUUCACCUGGCCCAGAAGGCCCUUGGAGACGUAUUCUCCUACGUAGGGCACGCAGUCGUUAUUUGGAUCGUCACGCGAGGUUUGGAGAGAAGCGUUGCGUGACGAUCCAAGAACGGAAGCUGCAAUGGACGUAGCAAUGAAGAAGAAGGGCUGGGUCGAGUAAAAUGGCGAAAAUCAAGAUGGCGGCUGUUUAUCAAGUGUCAUCGUGUAGGCAGGUAUGCUUCUUCUAACUCUUUUCUCCGUGAAAGUAAAUUUGGUUGAUUAGUUAGGGUAGUCCGCAGGGUAGUCCGCGGAGUAGUCCGUAGAGUAGUCCGCGGAGUGGGGUCAGUGGGUAGUCCGCGGAGUGGGGGUCAGUUUUUUCAACUCUCCCGGCAACGAAUCAAAAUAUCAUUUGCCUACCCUUGCGAAAUGGAAUUGAGAAUUCCUAGGAAUUCCUAGGAUUUUCCUAAGAAUUCCUAAGAAUAAAUUCUUAGGAAUUCUUAGGAAUUCUUAAGAAUUCCUAGGAAUCAAGGUGUGAAAUUUCACGGUAAUUGGAACAUGGAAUUCCUAAGAAUUCCUAGGAAUUCCAAGCUUUGCUCACCGAUCAGUUUGCUUGGAAAAUAUUCCUAGGAAUUCUUAGGAAUUCCUAGGAAUUGAAAGAAUAUAAACAGAAUGAUUACUUCUUAGGAAUUCCUUGGAAUAGCUAGGUCAAUAGGGAUGUAACAAAUCGACCUGCUGCCGGAAUUAAGGGAUAUUCGAAUCAAAAACUGAUUUGCAUUUAAACCCUUAUGUUAAGGAAGUUAGUACUAGAAGUUGCUAUUUUGCUCUCCAAACCAGAAAUCCAUAAGGCAAAUGUACAAAAACUGCAACAAUGUUUAUUCCAGCAAUGACUGAAAAAUAGCUCUCCGUGUUAACAAAAAAUACUUCUGCUUUAACUUGACUUAAAAAUUUCACUGCACUGAUCGUUUAAAUGUUCCAAAAAUUACAAAAGUGACCUCAAAAAAUCAAAUUUAAGACAAUGACUUUUUGUCAAGUAGGAACCAAAUAAUUCAGUAUAAUGACUGUAGUCCUUAUAUACAUAUGAAUAAACUUAGAUAUAGAUAUACUUACACAUAGAUAUACAUGUAGUGUAAAGUAAACUAUCGCUAUAGUCAUGAUUGAAAAAAAAAAAGUAAAACAUAACCUGUUCAGGUGGAAUCUCUAGAUAGUGAGAUAAUGUAAAGUAACAUAUACCUAGUCAUGAUUGAAAAAAAAUAUAAAAACAUACCCUGUUGGUGGAAUCUCUAGAUAGUGUUCGUUUUUAAUCCACAAAUGACAACAUAGCUGAACAUUCUCUUUUUUGUAAUUUAUUUUACCCAACAUACACAUCACCACAUUCCACAUACAUGCAUGUAAAUAAACAUCUUCGAAUAAUUAAUACAGUGCAUGAAUAUGAAAAAAAGCUAAAUGACUGCUUUUUCCAAUGUUGCCGAUGCAGCCUUCUGAACUGAAGGACCACACAUCAGACAAGUGCUAGUGCUGACCUAACUUAAUUGCAGCGAUUAUUAAGAUUACAAUGUACCAGAAGCAUUUAAUAUAAAACCUUAUGCAACUUAUACUAUGAAUUAGAGUUCAAAUGAACAAACCUACCGGCUGUAUUCUAAUAUUUUAUAUGUAAGUUCAAGUCUCAAGUCCUUAUAAAUUAACUGGAAAUUACAUUGCUUCUAACUUGUAUAAGUAGCCAUUGGAAACUUAUACUUAUUAUGCUAUUUCUUCUCCUAUUUUAUCUAACAUUGGUCUUGACAAGUCUGCUAUAACCUUGUAGCGCCAGAACAUACAGUUUUCAGAGUAUUCCACUGACUAUUUGCAACAAAGAGUACAGUUAUUUCGAUCUGCAGUAAAAAAAAAGCAGCAAAAAGAGAUCUGAUCAAUGGCAUAUCUUUGCAUGCAUCUUUGAACUUUAUAAGCUUAUUUACGCAAAGUUAUUAGAAAACAUACCUUUCCACAUUAAUCCAGCUGAGUAAACUCACUUGCAAACAUGCUUUAUGUGAACACAAACUUCGCAAUUGAUCAAUUUGUCUCGAAAAUAACAUGGAUAAUAGAAAGACAGUCUUACGAAAAUACUUUGUUGCUUGUGAAGUCCGCGUGAAUUUGAACUAUUCAACGGAAGUUCAUUUGGCACUUUUCUAUUGGUUCAAAAGUCGCACGUGACAAAGUAAAUCAAAUCGCGCAUGUGCCAAAGGCACGCGUGGAAGCCUGGGAAACAAGAAAACAUGGCGGCUAAUCUUGCGACGUGCUCCCGUUUGGGUCGAAAUAGCAGUUAUUUUCAGCGUUAAUUAAGAUGAAGCAACGCAUUUGAAGUGUUAAAAGCAAGAGGUAAACUUAACGUUGUUCUUUUAAGUUGGGAAAGAAAUGUUGGACCACAUUAUCAAUCAAAGAACUGCGAUGAAAAACGUGUUGUGGCCGUUGUUCCGGGCUUGGCCGGGCUUGCCAUGCUUUUGACUGCACUCCUGAUGCAAGGGUUGAAGGGAAUCAAGACAGCCCAUGUCUUGUGCGUUUGCCUAAUCUUCGUGGAGUAUGUGGAUAAACAACGUACAUUUCAGACUGGAUAUGCACUUCAUAUUUUUAAAAACGAGACUUCUCAUUUCAGACAACAUUUUGCACUGAAAGUGUACUGGACAUGUAACAGCUUUAAAUAUUUAUUGCUGUAAUAUGCUGUAAUAAUGUAAUUUAGAUACCGGUAAGUUAGAUUGUUAUCUUAAUUUAAAUACUGGUUGGAGGUUUGUGAACAGCAUUCGCCACAUGUUAGCAUUACCAGAUUAGGUAAAAAAAUUGGGUUGAAUAUAAAAAUGUAAGUAUAGAAGUAUACAUUACCAGUAUGUUCUGUAUUAUCAGUUUAGAAUUGUUUCAGUGCAAUCACUUAAAAUUAAAAUGUGAAAAAAUAAGAAAAGACUACGAAAUCUUUGACAAUUUUUAAAGUCGUUUGGAUUUUUAAACAUCCCUGAGCUGAAUUCCUAAUUUGCAUAACUUAGAAUUCCUAGGAAUUUCCAGGAAUUCCAAGCCCAGUUGGCCUGAAUUUUUCUAUUCCCAGAAAUUCUCAACAAUUCUUAAGCUUCUAAAAUUGUAAAACUUAGAAUUCCUAGGAAUUCCUAGGAAUUCCAAGCCUAGAGUGAGACCUAAUUUGCCAUUCCUAAAAAUUCUCAAGAAUUCCAAGCUUAUUUGAUGAAGGCUGAUUUGCAUAGUUGGGAAUUUUUGGGAAUUCCUAGGAAUUCUCAAGAAUUCCUAGGAAUUCCCAGAAAGCUGGGAAUUCAUUUCGCAAGGGUAAUGGCCGUGCAUGUAAACUUUAUGUAGAACAAUCGAUGUUGUUCUCUUUAUUUUUAAAAAAGAUAAUUUUCAAUGUCUGCAUGUUAAUGGACGUUCUUACAUUCAGAUGAGUGACCGUGAUUGCUAAAUAUUUACAAAGCGAGACUGUUGCAAAUUUGUUCUAUGUCACGUGCUUUUGUAACGUGUACGCGUGGAUACUAAUAAAGUAUAAGUUGCAUUUUGACUUUUGUAGUGGUUUUUACUCUGCUACUAAGCCGGUUUAGGCAAAUGCCAUAAUUCUUUGAAUUUUUGUACACGUUUGCAGCUAUUUGGCAGCGCUGACAGCGUUUUUGUGUGUCCUUUCCACCGCUGCUAAACCGCUGCUUAUCGCUUUCAAACGACUUCAUAGCGCUGCGCCGAACAGCCAAAAUUUGCGACUGCUGCAGCCAGCCUCUUUGCAGCUAUUCUGCAGCGCUUCUUGAAGCCAUUCUGCAGCGCUGCAACAGCGCUGCGCGUUUCGUACGGGAUCGGCUGUGAAUUGAAUUCCCAGCUAUGGAAUUAAGUUCUUUUUCAACUGGUUAUACUUUUUUUAUUCUCAUGAUAGUCAGGGACAAUCCCCGCCCUCCCUUUCUUGGUAACAGCCUUGUGUGGAUUUAUGUUUCUUUACAGUAUUUUGUAUGUUAUCACUACCUUUCCCUGGGCCAUAGUCUGCUUUAAAAUAGCUAGUAUGUGUUUUAUACACAGCUGCUAGGCUCAGUGUAGUCCAUAUUUUAUUCUCAGUUGCUAUAAUGAAGUCUAGUCCAUGUAAACUGCUGAUUCUUUGUUUUAAGAUACUCAAGUCAGAUGGCUGGAAAGUCUUGUGUUGUGGGGCUGCCAGUAGUUCCCUUUAAUCAAAGUAAAGUUGGGGAUGUUUGUCAAUACCUGCAGUGGCUAGAGGAUUUUUUCUCUAAAGUUUUAACAACUCAGGUAAUAAUGACAAUAUUAUUGCUGAGCUUGACUAGCUAAUUUCCACUGCCUGAAGCAACUGCCAUACAUUAUCAAAACAUAAUAGAGUGUGUAUAACUCAAUGGGACGCAGAUUACAGUUGAACUUCCACACUGUGGGUCUUCCACUGUGGGUUCAAAAUAACUCAAGCAACAUUUUUCCUGAAGUGUGUUGUUAAUGUAACAUAUAUUAGGCAAAUUGGUUUAAUGUUCACUUUAAGUUAGGCUGAGCACUCUUAAAAAGGACAAUAAUAUUAUUUGUUGGGGAGGAAAGGAGAUGGUGUAUAGAGGAGGGGGUAAGUUGUUGUGUUGAGUAUUAAGUUUGUUGGGUUUUUGUUCCAUGGUGUCAACAAUUUUUUUCAUAACCUGCAAGCCUUGUUAUUCAUUUCUGUAGGUUUUUUAUUUCCAGUUUGUUUCAAAGGAUUAAAAUUUACCCUAAAAACAUUCAAUAAAUGUGACAUGCCAAAUAAUGUCAUGCAUAAACAGGAUGAAUCUCCUGCAGCUGAUAGCAGUGCUAGUCAAAACCAGCAUGCUGCUAGCUCUGAGAUGGUUUUGGAAAAAAUCAGAGUACCAUUGGCAGGUGAUCUUCUUGGUCGAGAAAGGGUGACCAGUGCAAAGAAGACUCGUUUAAGGUGUGAUAGUUCUGUUGAACGCUUUGACAACAUCGUGGAGUGUCCAGCCCUUUGGCAUGCAAAGCAAUCAUUUCUCUCUGUAAGUCUGCUCUAUAAGACUUUAAUAUCACCCUCUAAAACCCUUAAGUCCCAAGAGUGACCAACAUCAAUUUUCUCCUAACAAUAUCAAUACAGAAUUAAAGAAAAGUUUAUGAGAAUAAAUAAAAUGAUCACCUAAUAUAUAAGGGAACUGUUUUGAUCUUUGAACAAAUUCUCUCAACUAUAUAGCUACUGGUAUAUUAAUUUUGUAAGGAAAUUUAUGGCGAUUAGUUUGGAGAAGUUAUAUGUGGAUUUUGGGGCUUAAAGUGUUACAGAAUUAGUCAAGAGAAUUUGAUACAAGAACGAACCAUUUUCUUAUAGACUAUAAUUUUAUAACAAUUUUUUCUUUUGUUGAUGUUGAGGGCAAAAAAUGAUUCUAAAGACCUAAUGGGUAUAAAUUAGAUUAAUGGGUAUAAAGUUUACUCAAGUUACCAAAUACUUGAACGAUAUCCGGUUCCUAAAAUUACAGAUUUUAAUCAUUUAUGUAAACUCCACAUAGCAGCAAAGAUUUGCCAAAAAAACUUCUAAGGCUUUGUGUUUUGAGGUGGCCAUUACAUGUAGAACUGUGCCUUGAACGUAUGAAAAAGGUGUCUGAAGUGAUGUUUAUAUUUCCUAACUAAAAUGAGAUAGACCGAGCACAGUACUAAGCAGAAUCCUGAUCUGAUGACAUUGAAUGAUGAUUGUGAACUUCCUCAUCGCAUUUUGUUGCUGAGUUUCAAGUUGAGGUUUAGUGCUUUAAAGUGUUUAACCCUAUUUUUAAAUUGACUUUAGUAUGUUUGGGAGCAACUGUACAACAACACAUCCAUUGGUGGAAGAGACAUUGGUACACUUUAUCACCUGAGGCAACAUUUUAGAUUGGUCAAUGUCUCUAACAAAGUACAAAAAAACUACAAGAGUGCUGAAAGCCUCAUGUUGUCUACAACCAAGGCGUAUUUGUGUUCUGCUUUUAUGAAAUGGGCUGGUCUUCAGACGCUUGAUGAUAAACCAGUCAACUUGCCAAAACUUCCAUCUGAGACUGACUCUGCUGAAGUGAAGGAAGAUUUUCUUCACAAGCAUAUAGGAAAGUUUGUCGAUGAAUUUGUGCUUGUUGAAUUUGAUGUUGAGAGAGCUUGGAAGGAAGCUAGCCAAGAGUGCCAAGAGCAACAAAGAACACCCCUAUCUGCAGCAGUACUCACAAGCCAGAGUCUUGGUUCAUGUAAGGCAAAAAGUUAAUUUAACUUUGGUUUGUAGCCCUUAGAGUUCACUCCUAUAGGUAACAUGAUAUUAGAAUGCAUGGCAGUCUGUACUAUACAAAGGGCUGGGGAUGGGGGUUAAAUUCCUUUGACUAAAAGCAUAUGACCCCCUGAGCUACUUGUUGAAAAGAAAACAAACUAAGAAAAAAACCUGAUAAUUAAUCAGCAACUUCAAGAUCUUUUUCUCAGACCUGAAAAUUUAUUAUCAAGUAAAAUGAUUCUUUUUUUUUUUCAUUAAAAUUGGAAGUUAUAAUAAUAGUCAUUGUUUCAAGAGGUGCAGUCCAACAGCCAUUACUGCAACCCCGUGCAGCUGUUAAUACAAUAACACAACAAACUGCCUUGUAUUGUACACUUAAUGUAUAUCAACCUAGUUAGUAACGUACAGACAUAAUUAACCCUGGACAAAUUGCUUAUCUUCCAGCAGGUGGAAGAGGAGCAGUCCAACAGCCAUUACUGCGACCCCGUGCUGCUGUUAACACAGUGUCACAACAAACCGGUAAGUGUUACAGCCUGGUAUUGUACCGUCAAUGUAUAUCAACCUAGUAGUAACUUAUACAGACUUAAUUAACCCUGGAUAAAUGCUAAUCUUCCGGCACGUGGAAGAGGUACAGUCCAACAGCCAUUACUGCAACCCCGUAAUUCUGUUAAUACAGUGUCACAACAACCAGUAAGUGCAUGUACACAGCACUUGGUAUUAGUUAAUAGCCAUAAUCUUAGACCUAGUAACUUACAGACUUAAUUAACCCUGGAUGAAUUGCUUAUUUUCCAGCACGUGGAAGAGGUACAGUCCAACAGCCAUUACUGCAACCCCGUGCUAUUGUUAAUACAGUGUCACAACAAACCAGUAAGUGCAUGUUCACAGCACUUGGUAUUAGUUAAUAGCCGCAAUCUUAGUCCUAGUAACGGACAGACUUAAUUAACCCUGGAUAAAUUGCUUAUUUUCCAGCACGUGGAAGAGGUACAGUCCAACAGCCAUUACUGCAACCCCAUAAUUCUGUUAAUACAGUGUCACAACAAACCAGUAAGUGCAUGUACACAGCACUUGGUAUUAGUUAAUAGCCAUAAUCUUAGACCUAGUAACUUACAAACUUAAUUGACCUGGAUAAUUUGCUUAUCUUCCAGCAGGUGGAAGAGGAGCAGUCCAACAGCCAUUACUGCAACCCCAUGCUGCUGUUAAUACAGUGUCACAACAAACCGGUAUUGUGUUACAGCACUCAGUAUCAGUUAAUAGAUAUAAUCUUAGACCUAGUAACUUACAGACUUAAUUAACCCUGGAUAAAUUGCUUAUUUUCCAGCAUGUGGAAGAGGUACAGUCCAACAGCCAUUACUGCAACCCCGUGCUACUGUUAAUACAGUGUCACAACAAACCAGUAAGUGCAUGUACACAGCACUUGGUAUUAGUUAAUAGCCACAAUCUUAGUCCUAGUAACAGACAGACUUAAUUAACCCUGGAUAAAUUGCUUAUUUUCCAGCAGGUGGAAGAGGUACAGUCCAACAGCUAUUACUGCAACCCCGUAAUUCUGUUAAUACAGUGUCACAACAAACCAGUAAGUGCGUGUACACAGCACUUGGUAUUAGUUAAUAGCCAUAAUCUUAGACCUAGUAACUAGUUAAAUUAUUUUUUACCUAGUUAGAAAAAAAUAAACUAGCUAGAAAAAAACUAACUAGUUAGAAAAAAAUUAACUAGUUAGAAAACAAAAUUAACUGAGACAAAAAAUUAUCUACAACACAUAUCAACCUAUAGCUAGUAGUAACUUAUACAGAUUUAAUUAUCCCUGGAUAAAUUGGUUAUUUUCCAGCAGGUGGAAGAGUUGCAGUCCACCAGCCAUUACUGCAACCCUGUGCUACUGUUAACACAAUGUCACAACAAACGGGUAAGUGUGUACAGCCUGGUAUUCUACACUCAACGUAUAUCAACCUAAUAGUAACUUACAUACUUAAUUAGCCCCAGAUAAAUUGCUUAUUUUCCAGCAGGUGGAAGAGUUGCAGUCCAACAGCCAUUACUGCAACUCCGUGUUGCUGUUAAUACAGUAUCACAACAAGCUGGUAAUUAAGUAGUAUAUAAAGCACAAAUUGGUAUCAGUGUGUAAUGUUACAGCUCAAAUUGAUUUCUUGUUAAAUUUUGAUUUAACUUAAGGUGAUUCUCAAUUUCCUUUGUUUCGUAGCUGUAAUCGUCGUUAUGAAUAUAUGUAGAUCAGUUAAGCAUAAGUUACAGUUUCCAAUAACACUGCACUAAUAAGUUAAUAUUUACCAACAGCUGGAAGAGUUACCAUGCCACAUGCAGAUCAUGCAGAUCCCUCUGUGGCUGUACAUUCGGCAGUGCUACCACUUGGUGAGAUGUACAGAAUGUUACUUUUUUUCCCAGCACUGGAGUUAAUAACAAUACUUAGAAAUACUCCCUAGCAAGUACCACCUCUUCAAUUUUACUGCAAAUCCACCAGGAAAUUGAGUAAUUUUAAUUCUCAGUGGACAAAAACCUUGUACCAGAAUAUUGCAUUCUUUCUUACAUUUUUUAAGGCGCCUAAAGAUGUAAUUAGUCAUCUCUAAUAACACCAAAGAAAAUUUCUCAUGGGAGUGUGAGAAAAUAAUGUGAAAUUUCACAAGAAUUGUGAAAACACAGGUAAAUCUCUGAAAAUUUCAUGUGAAAGAUGUAUUUUUUUGAAAUUUGACAUUCAUUUUCUCAGGCUCCCAUAAGAAAUUUUCUUUGGUGUUAUUACAAUUAAUGAUUUAUUACCUCUUUAGGUCUUGAAAAAUGUAAAAAGGAAUGCAAUAUGUUUCAAAUUAUUCAUCUGGUACAAGUUUUUUGUCCACUGAAAAUUAAAAUUACUCAAUUUCAUGGUGGAUUCCGUCUUAAUUUGUUUUGCAUUUUCUUGUGGUAAGCAAUAAAUUAUUUUAAAAUGAUUAAUGCACAGUUUUCUUUUAUAAUUAAGGCUGAGCAAAUUAAAUAAUUUAUUAAGUUAAUCAGCUAUAUUCUAUCUCUCAUAAUAUUAUGUUUGAUAAAAUGAAUACCAACUCAAUUAUUCUUAUAUUAUAUAAACAUAAAUUAAUAAAUAGAAGCUUAAGUUUGCCUUUCAAUUUCCUUCUCCAAGGGCAAGUGGUUGUUUUGGUACAGUCAGUGGAGGGACAAAGCAGUUAUGAUGUACUAGCUGUUGGGAAAGUAUCGGGAGUAGCCACGUCAGAUUUGGUGCCCGUUUUGGUUGCUUUUGUUCAACCAAAAGCAGCUCAUCUUCUCUCUGUUGGUCAGGUGGUCUUAUGGCCAAAGACCCUGGUUGCAGUGUAUGGAGAACAAGCUCAAAAAGAACCAGUCCCAGCAGAAAUCAUAUCCCCCGUCUCCAGCAUUCCUACUAGUUCCACAGAAGAUCGUAGAAUGAACUAUGGACUGCAAGUCUUGCAAUUGGGAGUGUUCUUGAUGCAGCUGAAUGACACUGAGGCGGAGGGCGAUGGAGAGAGGAGUUUAAGGAAGUGGAAAAUGCUAAUGCUUUAUUUCAGGUCCCGAACACGAGGUAUGAAGUAUGCUUUUGAGUCCAUGCGUUUUAUAACGUUUGUUAAGGGCUUUAUAUACAGUGAAAGAAUGGCUCAUCGUAUUCUUCAUGGCCAGUUUGUAAAUGCAAAAGGUGGAAAAGGAAACAACUAUGCCAAUGAUUUAAAAAUGGAGCACAUAGUAAGGAAUGAUAAAGGUAUCCUAAAAGGAAUGUGUGGGAACAAAACACUCAAAGCAGUUCAGAGGUCAACAGCAUCAAGUUUUCUUUUGAAUGAAAUAGUAAAGCAGUAUGACAAAGUCAGUAACAUUGCCCCAGAGUCUACAAGUCACACUCAUGCAUGCACCUGCGAUGAUGUCAGAGGAAUGAUCAACAUUAUAAGUGGACAAAAGACAUUUGAUUUUCAACCAGGAAGAAACAUUAACAGCUUUCCUUCCAUUUCAAAAAGUCCGUUAGAUCAGCUGGAUGUAUUUGCCCUGCACGCCUGGUUAACCCGGCACAAGAAACGCCUGGCAGCAAAUCCAUACAGCUGUGAUGACUCAGGCUGCGAGGAUGAUGACCAAGAGAGUGCUGAUGAGGAGGAGGAAGAAGAAGCUAUUAUUGUUGAUGAUGCCAAUGAUUUAUAA